CUCUAUUUUGGACCACUGUAGCGCCGCACGGUACUUUGAGGGUCUGCGUAACCUCGCGUCUGUUUGCUCCAACUCUGGAUUCUACUAUUAGUGUCUAUGGAUACUGGUACCUAGUCUUUUCCGCAACUUGGCUCUUUUCUUACAGACCCACAGCUCAAUCGAAAUUCUUCAUCGAAUCACUGAUGGCUUCCUCGCGAAUACUCAGGCUUGCGGUGCUUUUUACUCCGAUAAGCAGAAUGCCAGGCCGGCAGAAUGCACAGCAGGAUAAGGCUUUUGGAGAAGCUCUGUGGAGAGUGUUCUUAUCAAGGCGAUGAUAUAAAUGAAGGGAACACAAACCUUAUUGUGAUCGCUUGCUUCGACAUGGCCAAUGACAUAUUACUAUCCACUACGCCCGCCCUCGAAGAGAAGGCUUCUUUCGGGGACAACAACUCGAAGAGCGAUGCAGAGGCUGGCAUAUAUGAAGUCUCUGCUGAGAAAGAAGUCACUGUCGUCCAAGAAUACACCCCGGAACAGUACAAGAAACUCAAGCGGAAGAUCGACAUAUACCUUCUUCCGCUCAUGUGGCUUUGUUAUGGCGUUCAGCAAGUUGACAAGACUUCCUUCAGUAUUAUGGCAACGUUUGGUCUUCGUGAAGACACCGGGCUUCAUGGACAGCAAUAUUCUUGGCUCGCAACUAUGUUUUACCUUGCUUAUAUGUGCUUUGAGUUUCCCUCCAACAUCUUACUUCAACGAUGGAGAAUGGGAACAACACUAUCGAUCUUCAUGAUAUGCUGGGGAGUGAUUGUCCUAUGUAUUGGAUUCGCGAAGAACUGGGCACAUCUUAUGACUCUGCGCGCCUUGCAAGGCAUGUUUGAAUGCUGCAUUAGUCCGGGCUUUGUCCUUAUUGUAGGAAGCUGGUAUACCCGGCGAGAACAUGCUUCACGAGCACUCGUUUUUCAGAGCGCUAACGCUGGAUUCGCAGUCAUCGCCGACCUUAUUCUCUACGGCAUCGGAACACUUGAAUAUAGCCGCCCAGAUAUCGAGGCAUGGCGAUACAUGUCCUAUUUCCUCGGGGGGCUCACCAUAUCAGUCGGGUGUCUUUGUCUAUAUUUCCUGGGUACUCCGACAGAAGUCCCAUGGCUCUCGAAGGAGGAGAAACAGAUGGCAAACACGCGUGUCCUGGCAAAUCAGAGUGGACAUGACAUGACAGGUACAAGGGUGUGGAAAUGGUACCAAGUUCGCGAGUGUUUGAUCGAUCCAUGCUUCUAUUUUGCGGGAUUUAACGCUUUCCUAGUCUCGGUUCCAAACGGAGGUCUCCAAACAUUCGGUAGUCUUAUCAACCAAAGUUUCGGUUUCACUUCUCUUGAAGUUAUAUUAUACACUAUUCCAAAGAACGUCUUGAGUGUGACGAUUUUUGUGAUUGUCGGUGUGAUUACCUCCAGGUGGAAGAAUCUUCGCUUGAUUAUCAUGGCUUUGGGGACUAUCCCUGGAUUUAUUGGAGUAUUAGGCUUGUCCCUGAUCGAAACCACCGAGAGUACCAAGUGGACGAAGUGGGGAAUGUACUUCAUGGUGACACCGUUCGUUCUCGGUCUUUUCUUGGCUUGGUCACUCAUCCCGUCCAACGUCCCUGGGCGCACCAAGCGAACGAUCACGUCGUCCUUCACCUUCAUUGGAUAUUGUGCUGGUAACAUGUGUGGAUCACAAAUUUUCAAGUCUAAUGAAGCCCCCUCCUAUAAGAGCGGUACCAUUGGGUGCUGUGCCUGCUUUGGGCUCGAGUUUCUCAUCAUCGUUGCAUGGCGAACAACUCUUGUUCUUCGAAACAGAAGGCGGGAUAAAGAGAUGUUAUCCGAUGGCCUUACUCCAGAGGAGAGAGAGAUGCAAGGAAGUAUUAACGGAGAGUCGGAUAUGACAGACUUCGAGAACCCUCAUGUAAGUUUUCGUUCUCUUUAGUGGCGGAAAUAUAGUGAUGGCUGAGAUGCAGUUCCGCUAUACUUUGUAAUCACCUUAUGAAUACCUGAUAAUGAAAAAUGUCAUGCUACAUUUUCUGG